AUGGACAGCGUGGACGAUGCGGAAAGGCUUCAGUUGAUUUAUGAGAACAUCGUCGGCCUGGCGACGGCCGGGGUGGUGACCGUCCUACCUUCUGCUGAGGAGCUCGCAGAAGGGCUGGCCCACCUCAAUCUACAUCCGAAAGACGAUGCAGAACUGUCAGCCUGCCUCUGGGUUCUGGAGGGUGCUCUGGGUGAAUGCCCUGCCCCAAGCUUCCAAGAGUUCCUCAUGAAAGCAACCGAUCUGAGCCACUCUCCAACAGCCUCCCUGGGGUCCAACCUGUCGUCUGACCGGCCAGACUGUCUUCAGCUUGCCCAAGGAGGGGGGAGCAGAGGAUUCCCAUCUCCGCAAAGCUUCUUCUCCUCGGAGGACGAGGCUGAUGAGGAAGGGUCGCAAGAAGUUGAAGAUCGCAGCCAACAGAUGCGAUCGCUGCGAGCGUCGUGGCGCUCAUCGCUGCGUGCGUCGCCUUCGCCGGUCCAGCUCACGUUUCCGGAUCAGCAUGAUCUAGUGUCUUUCCUGAGAGAUGCCUUGGAACGGAUGAGCUUGCUCCAGAAGGAGGUCAAGUCGAGCAGUGCGCUCGAGCUGUCCAGCUUCAUCCAGGACCUCCUGGUAGGCGCGCUGAACCAGGCGCAGGAGCUGGAGCGGAACGUGGCCUCCGCUGUUGAGGCAGCUCGGAGGAGCAGGGAGCUUGUGCAGCAAAGUUGGGACCAAUCCAAGAGCCUAGUGGCAGAACUUGGCAGGGCCCAGGCGGAAAGCGAGCGCUGGCGGGCCAAGUGGACAGCAACCUUCUCUGACCUGGAGGUGCUGCGGCGCAAGCAGGCCUCAGUCCUGGCGCAGGCCAGAGCUCAGGCCGCUUCGCUGUCGGGCGAGCCGGGCUCCAGCCUCAACAGGGGUGCAAGCUCCCUUGGCCGACUGCUUCGACGCAGCGCAGGACCAGCCGCAAUCGCGUUCGCGUGGUUCCGGGCGUCGGCUGCGCUGGGCCAGGUAAGGCGGCGGCGCGCCGCGGAGAUGGAUAAGCUUGCGUCGGCGCACUGCCUGGAGCGAUUGCGUCGGCGCCUUCAUGCCGGCAGAGGUUCAGGAGGUCCAAGCCCCGCGCCAAGCCCGGUGUCAAGCUCUCGGGCGCCGCGGUUAGCCUUGGACUUCCAGCGUUCGCCACGGACUUCGCACUUGGGGGUUGUCUGA